UCUGCCUAAACUACUGGUCCAGCCAGCCGUCUCCAGUCCAACUAACUGCUUAGUUCCUGGAUCAUGUUAAAAAGGACGCUGUAUCUGUAAGGCGCCCGACUGUCUGCGGCGUUGUGGCUGAGAAACUGACGCCCUCCGACUGCACGGUUAUUAUAGACGGCAUAGUUUCAUCCUGGACGUUGUGGGGAAAGCGGCGGUGUUGGAUUUAAAGGGGGGUACAGCCGUCAAUCAAACGGAAGGAUUCGAACCAUUGUAACGGUGGACAGACAGUGUGUUGCUGUGUGUGUGGAGACAACCGGACCGCCAGGUGUGUGUGUCCAGCCUACUAGCUGACUGUCAGGAUGAGGCCUGGUCAGCUGUAUGUUCUGGUUCCAGCCUCCGCUGCCCUCCUCCUCCUCAUUGUCCUAUCAGAACCGUCUCAGACCAGCGCCUGCAACAAGGCCCUCUGCGCCUCAGAUGUCAGCAAGUGUCUCAUACAGGAGCUGUGUCAGUGUCGUCCGUCCGAUGGGAACUGUUCGUGCUGUAAAGAGUGUAUGCUCUGCCUGGGGACACUGUGGGAGGAAUGCUGUGACUGUGUCGGGAUGUGUAACCCUAAGAACUACAGCGAUACUCCAGCCACCUCUAAGAGCACAGUGGAGGAACUCCAUCGACCAAUCCCCUCGUUGUUCCGAGCCCUCACGGAGGGCGACGCCCCUAUCAACAUGAUGGUGGUGUCCUUCCCCGUUGCCGAGGAACUAUCUCACCACGAGAACCUGGUUUCCUUCUUGGAGACGCUUGACGACCAGCAUCAGAACAUGUCAAUCCCCGGCAACAGCAUUCACGCAAGAUACGACACUCAAGAUAACAUGUGUACGGUGGUCUACUUUGACGACUGCGUAUCCAUCCGCCAGUGUAAACUAUACUGUGAGUCGAUGGGAGGGUCGAAGUACCGCUGGUUUCACAACGCCUGCUGUCAGUGCAUCGGCCCGGAGUGUCUGGACUACGGCAGCAAGGCUGUGAAGUGCAUGAACUGUCUGUUCUGAAGACUGGCGGUGGAUGGAUCUAUGAACUGUCUGUUCUGAAGACUGGCGGUGGAUGGAUCUAUGAACUGUCUGUUCUGAAGACUGGCGGUGGAUGGAUCUAUGAACUGUCUGUUCUGAAGACUGGCGGUGGAUGGAUCUAUGAACUGUCUGUUCUGAAGACUGGCGGUGGAUGGAUCUAUGAACUGUCUGUUCUGAAAACUGGCGGUGGAUGGAUCUAUGAACUGUCUGUUCUGAAGACUGGCGGUGGAUGGAUCUAUGAACUGUCUGUUCUGAAAACAGGCGGUGGAUGGAUCUAUGAACUGUCUGUUCUG